AUAAAUAGCACUAUGAGCCUCGUUUUCAUAUCAGACUAACUAGCGCCAAUUGUACACGUGAUUGAGUACUUGAAGUGAACUACAACUGCCUCGUUAAAGAUGACAACAUAGGGAUACAACAUAGGGACAAUGUCGUAGGAUAUCUUAUACAACAUCCUAUGGGAAUCCACAACGUUGUUAUGGUAAAUUGAUUAUAUACUUAUACUUAUGUCGAUUUUUUCUGUUAACUUAUUUAUCGCCUCUCACCGCAGUGUUCUCUGUGUCUUGUCUUCAGUGUUGAAAUGCGUAUGUGUAGCUAUAGUUUUGACCUUCUUAACAACUUUAUAUCAAGGGCCAUUUACUCGAUUGUCUGUUAAGUCUGGAAACAAACGCUAGUUUCAACAGACAUUAACCCAUAUCUUAUUCCAGGUGAAUUGAUGAUUGUACAUUUGGUACACAAGACGUAUGUUUAUAGUUUAGCUAUUUUGCAAAGUCGCUCUCGUCUUCUUUUCCCGCUAUUUAUACUCUAUAUGUUGUUCCGUUUUCAAACAAACCGAAACUUGUUGCGUGACAAACCAUCGAUUCCCUAAUAUAUUACGCACGUUUAUUUUAAAAGCUGAGUUUAUAGUUCACUCAUAAAGUAUAACUAUAAGUAGGUGAAGUCAGCAAGUCGGAAAUUUGGUAUAUGAGUAUGCUCUCCGUUCGUCAACACUAGUUUAACCACAAAACUAAGUAACAACAAUAUAAAUUUACGAGAAUAACAUUAACUAGCGGCUCUGUAUUCUGUUAAUCAAUGCUAAAUUUCAGUCCAACAGAGUUCUAAUUUAUUUACUCACUCCCCAUUUCUUUGGCACAAUCGCAAAAACAAUUUCUAUUCACAAACUGCCAAAUCGGAAAAGCAACAUGUCUGUACCUGUAAGAUUGAAAUUAAAUUGCAACAAUCUACACACGAGUGCUUCAAGAGCAUUCCAAGCUAAUUUUCAUUUUGAUACUUGCCAGUUUGGUAUGGUUUAGAAAUUAUUUUGUCAGUGUAAGAGUUAAAGCUUUAUGAAUCGAAAUAAGAACAUGUCCUAAAAGAGACUGGUAAAAGAUAAAGUUACCACGCAACAUGUUUACCACAAUUGCCGGUGCAUGGGUUUGCCAAAAUAUUUCAUAUACGGAAUUGGUUGUCUCUCAGCAUCAGAAAAAGGUUUCAUGUUCAGUUUAUUGAACCUCAAAAUCCUCCUGGGUAAGUUAGAAAGUUAAAGUUUAAGUUCGAAAGCAGUGGGAACCGGAAAACUGUCUGUACAACUGACGACGCUGUUUGGACGAGAGGAAGUUGACUGCAUGCAUGUUUUCUCUUGAAAAAUCUUUCACAUUUAUUAUCAAUUGACAUGCACUGCUCCCUUUCCUCCGCAGAGGUUUCGUCGUGGUCUUGAUGAAGGCGAAAGAAACAAAAACGUACCAAAUAAGGCGCUAAAAUGAAUCCUCUCCAGAAUAUGGAGUUCAGAUCAAUGAAAAUUUGUUCAUUUCGUUGUUUGUCUUAAGCUGGUUUCAAGCUCAUUCCACUCGAGUUUAAAGUUCGAAUUUUAAUUCAGCUGGUGGAUAACUAAAAGUGUUGCCGAGAUGUUUAAAAUACAGUUUUCAAGAAAGCAAUCGCUCAUUUAUGAACGUUUGAAACUUGGUUUUAAUUACGAUUUGAAGAAGACUGCAAUUGAGACCGAAGCAGUUGAGGGACGACUGAGUUCCUAAAUCGAAUCUAGGUAUAUAAUGUAUCUUAGACUUAGCCUUCGACUUAAAAAUCUUGAAAUAACUCCUCUGUUUGCAUGAAAACAAUAAAGUAACGGUAUUCUCUGCUUGGUUGCAGCAUGCUUUAAAACUACCUAGUCCUAGGACAACAAAAUGGUUUUUCAUCCGGAAUUAUUAGAGAAGAUUGAAACAUACUGCGGCCUGUAAACGUGCAUGCAUGAUUGUCUUCAAAUUGAGUCUCAUGGAUUGGGAACAUAUAUAUGUAUACCACUCAAACAAUAUACGUAUUCAAUGAAAGUUUUCAUUUUACUACAGGUUUGCACGGCGAUUCCCAGUACUAAAGUUAGUCAACUUAUCUUGACAUCGACAAAGUAAUGUGUCUUACUCUCGGUCGCAUGUAUUUUGACUGAUGGAUUUGAAACUCUUGAUCUCAGUAAAAUUUUCUCACGAUUGUCGGAGGAUGGCCGGCUCUGUCUCUCAUUUGACUGACAUUAAGUUUUUUCCCAAUAAUCAAUAUAUCGGAUUCACAAUUCGCUAUAUAUAUAGAAUGUGAAACUCUUGUAUUAAAUUCACAACUAGAAUCUAGAUUGCGUCGGUUAUUAAAAUUUAUAACAUUUUUUUGAAGCCAAAUUUACAGGAUAUCAGGGUAUCAGUUUGAGUGAUUUAUAAACAAAUCCUGGAUAAAAUGUCCGAUACCAUACAUAUUAACCAAAUUAUUUCACAAUUAUAUGAAAUUUAUAUUAUAUCCAAACGGAUAUGUGUUGAAUUUUUAUGCUUGUAAAGUGGUCCUCUAGAUCUAAUGACUAAUCUCUAUAACUGCAGGGCUUACAAGAAGCCUUUGUUUUAGAAUACGAGAUGAUUUUCACUACUUUUCAGAAAUCGGCUGACACAGUUUUGAAUCGGCUAGUAAUAUUUGGCAGUUUUCCUUUUUUGUCCUCUGUGCAACAUUCUACAAAUUCUAUAGCAAAAAAUGUUGGGAUAUUGUUGCACAAACAAAACUCUUCAUUCAGAAAUUGACUUUUUUGGUAUUGACUUCUGAAAUUAAACUUGUAUGAUGGAAAAUUUUAAAUAUCAUCAAUAUUAAGCAAAUAUUGAUAAUCUUAUAAAAUAGAAAAAAGAUAUCAUGUUGACUUGUUUUUCUGUUUCAAACAAAGCCGGCAUUUUUGGCUUCUCCACCCACAUUUUAACAAACUUUGAUUUCCGGUAUGAUCAGGGAGGUGUUCUAUCACACCCUCAAAUCAAGCGGAACUAUUUACCACAAAUAUGUGGACUAGCUUUCAUUUAUUGCACGAUAAAAUACUCCAUGUUUGACAUCGGAUACUCACGGUGCCUUUUUGGUAUGUGGUUGUCUUUUUUCUGUCUCGUUUAAAAGACCUAGUUGUGUGUCCGGAACUGCAUGACGGAAGAAAGCUAACUUAAAGUUAUUAAAGCUAGCAAAGUUUGUUAUUGUGGUAAAGCAGUGACGAUUAAGCUUUAAUCUGCUUGUAAACACCGAGGUCUGAGGACUGUCAAUAACAGCAAGAAAAGUGCACGUAAAACCAGCAACAUAAUGCCACUGCAUUUGUUUCAGUAACAGAAGUGGUGGUGAUCUUCUGAAGAAAGCUACGGCUUAAUUUAACUAACACAAUCUAUACAAAGCAAUGGACACUCCUGCCACAAACGGUUAACAUUAUUAUUCAACGCUUCGACUAUCUUGCCUAGUUAAAAAUGUUAACCGUUUUCGAAUGCCCAGUGUUUUGUAUUUAAAAUUACUCCGAGUGACAACCGAAUGUUUGGUUUAACAAAAUCUGUUGUUGUGUGGCAAAGCAAUGCGAAUGACUAUAGUCUAUAUAUUAAGCUUUAAUCUGCCUGUAAACAAUAACAAGAAAGGAUAAGAGCAAUAAAACCCCAGGCCCAGUGAUAUUAUGUCAAUGAUACCUGCUUUAUUAUUAUUUUCCAAACUUGUGUUUUUCUUCUCUUUGUUGCUCAAAUCGAGGCCGAUGUGUCUGUGAUCUUGUCAUGUGAUAUUAUAUGAAAGAAACACCGCGAAAUUAUCAUAACACUUUUUUGUUUCGCCGUUCGCAUGUUUGCCACGCUUGAAUUCUGCCGACCAAAGACUAGUUAUAAUGACUUGAUGAUAUGGCGCUAAACAAGCGGCUUGUUCGUUUUGUCAGCUAUAUUAUAUAAUUGUCACGAUAUGUCCUGGUUACUUUAGUUAUUAGCCGCAAAUUACCACUCUUUGGAGUAUAAAUUUGAUGAAUAUAACUUGAGCCGUGGUCCUAAGUAAAAUGUCUGAUAUUACUAUUGACAUGAAAUAUAGUACGUUUAGCUUUUUAUUCAGCAAUAAACUUAAAAAGCGUGAAAAUUUAAUGGCACUUGCGCAAAGCUGUAGUUGAAAAUUUAGUCUUCUCAAUUUACACUGGAAGUGCACUAUAGCUAACCGCAAGAACGGAACAAACGAAGCCACAUCACAAGGUCGCUCAAAAUUUGAUAUCUUUCGGUAUUAAAAUAAAAUUCUGAAAUUGCGGUGUGUAUAGUAAAGCUAUCUAUAAUAUCUCCGCACAUAUUUUGAAGGUUUCGGGUUCGCGGUCAAAUGCACUCGGCAAGAAAUCUGACAACACAAUGGCCUCGCACUUGACACAAUUUGAUACGUCAGUAUCCGGGCGCUGUGAUUGGUAGAUUGCUAAUGAUUAUUAGUAGAAUUGUGUUAUUACGUUAUGAGUAAAGUGUAAACAGUCCGCAAUGAGCAAGGUACGUGGGCCCCACGACGUAACACAGUGAAUAUAUCUCAAUGAACGUCAUUAUAGACAAACCAUGGUAAAGCACAGUAGUGUAUCUCUGGAUUACAAUCCAACAUCGUCCGCCAAUCUUAAAUUAUAUUCUUCUUCUCUUCUCCUACAGGAUGAACUUCAGUUAUUUAUCGAGGCUUUACUGCCACACGUUAAGUCAUUCGCAUACACCUGGUUUAACCUGCAGGCACGGAAACGCAAAUACUACAAGCGCCAUGAACUUCGUAUGAGUUGUGAAGAAGAGAGAAAGUGUAAAGAUGAAUUAGAAGCGGAACCUGCUGAAGUUAAAGAGAAAUGGGCUUCACGUUUACUCGCUAAACUUCGCAAAGACAUUCGACCUGAAUGUAGGGAAGACUUUGUUUACGCCGUGACAGGACGAGAUUGCUCACGUUGCGUCAUUUCAAAUCCUGAUCAGAAAGGCAAAAUGCGACGUAUAGACUGCUUACGCCAAGCUGAUAAAGUCUGGCGUCUUGAUUUAGUUAUGGUUAUAUUAUUUCGUGGUAUUCCCUUAGAAAGUACGGAUGGGGAAAGACUUGGUAAAACUAAAGUUUGUCAAAAUCGUGCACUUUGUGUCGUACCAAAUCAUAUCUCGGUCACGAUAAGAGAAUUGGAUUUAUUUCUUGCAAACUUUAUAUACCUUCAAGGUUUGUUAUAUCAUGAUGUGUUUAUUAGUAUAGCGAUAUAAAGUUAAUCACGUAUAUUGUGAACCACACUGCGUCUAAAACUUUCAACAAUUUAUCUAAACUGCCGUGUCAUGUUAAAACUUUGUAUUAAUUUACAUACCAAGAGAUCAUAAUAACAUUCCCCGUAACAUUAAUAAUUUAAUUAAUACGUGUCUUCCUAUAAUAAACUCUCUCUGUGUGUGUUAUAUAGAGAACAAGAAAGAUUGUGAGAGUCCGGCAAGAACGGGAUCAGCCUGCCUUAGCGACCAAGUUGAAUUCUCAAGUAAGUUUAGUGAUGAAGUUGUUUGUUGUUUAUACGAAUUAUAUCUUGACAUUGAGUCAGUUCGUCUUGAAUAUCAAGCGUAUAGGUCGUCAACAUUUCGAUUAAGGGAAAAAAGGUUUACGCGAUCAGUAUGCCAUAAAGCGCAGAAUGUUAGCGCGUAUUUUAUAAACAACAGACAAUUCCCGCCACAGAGUAACUCAAAACGUUCAUUGCGUGUGCACGUGUUUGCAAGCUAUCAUGUCGCACUAUCGUUUGAUCUUGUCUUCCCGAAAUGACAGCUUUAAUAAGUUUUCGUACCGCGAUUUUGCCAUUUUCCACAUGGCCUUGCUAUAUUGAUUGUUGCGCUCAUUCGUCUAAUAUUUGUUAAAUACGUGUUCUUUGUGAUAAAAAUAAUCAUUCUUCCCCUGCUGUUUAUAUCAGGUCAUAUCAAUGAUUGCCUCCCUUCCUUUCCACGGUGUCUGAAUUGUUUCACAGGAAACGCUAAGACAAAACCCACCAACGAAACACACCUUAUAAUUUAACAAGCCCAAUCCUAUAACACACAUAGACAAUGACAUUGUUUUGCUUUUAGCAUUUUCUAUUAAACGGAGUAUUUAUGAUUUUGUGCUGUUUGAAUAUGAUCAUAAUAUGAUUUAAUGCAACAUCCUGUUAUUGACAUUCUCAUGUGGUUCUACUUAAAGACUUAAACAUGUCAAACGAAAGUGAACUAAAUCACGGUUAUUUUAAUACAUAGGGAACAAAUUGUAUUUAAGUUAGUUGUUUCUAUUAUUAUUAUAAUUUUGUGAUUGUAUUUAAACUACAUAACAGUUUGAAGAGCGUAUGUAAAGGGCGGGCGAAGUUGUUUUAUUAUCGCAGUGUGACGCCCCAAGACCCUUGUAUAUUCGCAGAUAGCAAAAUAAACGACUUUGCGAAGACUCUGCUUCGACUUUGCCAAACCAUCAGCGUAAGAAUUUCUGUACGAAAUUUAAUAUCAUUUUCGAGUGUCAUCAUACGUGUGUCGUAAUGAUUUAAAAGUUAAUGGUUAGGAUUAUUAGCAUUGCGUGUGCAAACACUGAAUAAUUUAAAGUGACAACAUCAACAAAUACUGAACAAAGCAUGAAUAUAAAUCGUGUCAUUCUCUGCACGCGAGGAAAAGUCGUGAUGUAAUGACCUUGAAUGCCUCAAGAUGUUUAGCGUUAACGGUUGUAAAAUUACGACGUCGGUAGUCGACUGUUUUGUAAAAAAAACGAAUUCAAAGUAGUGAAACGCGCGCGAAAAGUGAUUACCUUGCAUGACUUGCAUGCUUGUGGUUGAAUAAUCAUGAAACGGAAUAAACUAUUCCUGCAUUGAACUUCCUCGUUCUUUAGUAAAUCCCGUUUUACCUAAUCCAAGGAGAACUUUAAUUCCUGAAUUUGACAAAACGGAUUAGUUGAAGAACGAGGCAGCGCUAUACAGAUGUCUCAUGCACUUCAAUUGAUCGAAAUGCUAUUGUUGUUGCUCGAUUAAACAAUAUUUAAUGGGCUUUCUUUAUGCUAGAUUUAUUUAAAACGGUCUUUAUUCUCAGAUUCAUUAUCACUUCAAAGCUUGAAGCUCUGUGCCGAUACCGCUUUGCUUUCAAUAGACUAAUAUUAACACACUAACACUUCACGUAUGUGGAUGUCAGUUGCGUGUUAAAAUUUUGUGUUCCGUCUUGGUAUUAGCAAACUGCGUAUAUACAAUAUUGAAUCAACACACUUCCUUUAUGGUUCUAGUUCCUGUUUCGAACUCGGCACUCAAAGACGGUUUGUUUCUUUAAGUAGCGUAACUCCGGCUGUAUGCUUUGCAUAAGCUUAAACGUUGUAAAAUAUGUUCUCAAAUCAACGAUAACAGGAACUGUCAAGUGCCUCAUUGCCUAGCGAUAAGUAUAAUUGUAUUUUUAAAAUGCAAGUUGAGGUAUGUGUAGAUACAAGUGCUGACGCAAGAUGAGCUUAUUUGGUCAUUUUCUAGUGCUCACACACCCUCGGGUGUGUGGUAUGGUAUGAAAACAUCACAAAUACAAUAGACAAUAGAUUGAAUCAUUUGUUGUAGUCUAAGUCUUUCAAAUUAAAACGGAACUGACUUUCAAUUUUUGCUAUUUCAUCAAAUUUGGUUGUAAUUGCUUAUAUCCAUAAAAUUGCCACAGCUAUUAAGGGAUUUGAAAUAUACCCUGGAUGCCAGUGUGUAUAUAGCAGAACUACACAGAACAGCUGCUCAAUUCAAAUAUUUACCAGACGAUUUAUAGUGGCGAAAUCUCGUGAUUUAACACAGCUAUUAUGACGUCACAUCUAUUGUUCUCUUUAACAACUCAUUUAAAGGUCAAACUGAUCGCAUUUCCCCGAGUGAUGAUAGCAGCAAUGUAUUGUUUGAAAAAUAAUAGGAACACAAUAAAAAUGUCAAGAAAAAUACGUUUUUGUGAGCUUGUUUUGCUUUAAUCUUGGCAAUUAUUUCAUUUUAACUAAGAAAAAAGUUUAAAAGGAUAGUAAAUAGUGUAAUAAUUCUAAGGCUAUUAUCAAUCUAACUUCUUGCAUUUUAUUGGAAUUUUACUAGUGUUACAUAGUGUUUAUUUCAUAUUUUUCAAUAUAUCUAAUGGUUUAAUUACGUUUCAUUGUUUAAAUCAUAUUGUCACGUCAUUAUAUAGGAUUCGAAUGCUGACUUGAAAAACAGAAAAUUCAGUACACUCAAUCAUUUCAUCUUACUGUAUUAUUGUUUUUAAGUGCAAAUGCCUUAACUAUAAACACCCAAAUUUGAAAUUAAAAAAAUUGAGGUUGUACAACAUGGUGCAACAAUUGGAAAAUCCAACAACGUAAACUUCAUUACAAUGGUCAAUAUUGUUUUUUUAGUUAUGGUUUUUCUAUUCUUGAGGUUUUAGUCAAAGUUGCGGUAAAAUCAUUUAAAAAGUAAGACUUGAUUAUGUUUUGUAAACUACCUGUUCGUAAUCUGAUAUGGUUUGCAUAAGCAAGCCAUAAGAUUAAACUUUCAAGAUUUAUGAAAUGAGAUUACUUUAACUUUUGUAUAUUUUGCUUCAUUGUUUGAACAGAGUUGGUCGGUCUUAGUUUUGAGGCUGUACGAAUGCUUAAUCCAGCAGAUCAAUCAUCAAUACUGACGGCUAACCACACGAUAGUUGUUUAUCAGUUCCAUCCUGAUUGUUUUAAAAAGAAUAAGUGCACUUCAAGAUUACCUAUUUUUAGCCUAUUUAUUCUACUCCCCAACUAAUUUUGGAACAUAAUGAUAUAAAUAAGAUACAUAACCAACCAAUAAUGACGCAAAACAUGUAUGACAGAAUGUAUGCAAAUAAUACUUGCAGUUGGAUAUUGGGGAUUGCAAUGAAGCUUAGUAUAUUUAUACAUUAAGUCAGUUUGGUUUGAGGUAUAUAUGAGCUUUUCAGAAUUAGGAAGCGACUAAAUAUGUGUUAAAUAUACUGACAUGGUCAAUAUCAAGACUGUGCGAGAAUUAAUUUUUAGGUUUCCUAAGAUAGAGCGAUUUCAGAUUAACUGUUUCUUAUCGUGAUGAUCAAAUCCUUUCUAAAAAGGAAUACGUUUUCCAAUGUUAAAUCUUAAGGCAACUUCAACUAUAUUUAAUUUAGAAGAUGAAGCCUAGUGAGUAGUGGCAGCCAUGAACGUAGCAUGAUCUACUUUGUCGUUGGGGGGGGGGGGGAGUGAAAAUACCUGAUUUUUAAAAUUACGUUUAGUACGUUAACUAAAAGCGGUGUUUGAAAUUUAGUGUGUUUUUUUCAUGAGUAUACAUUCAAGUAGCAGGUGUUUCUUUCGAAUGAAUAUACUAGCAUAACGAAUACGGGGUUAAAUCUACUGGAGGGAUCGGGAUAAAAAUUUGUUCACUUGACUUCCACAUUUGCGGCCUCUCAAUUUACCUGAAAAUCAGCUCACGUCACCUCUAAAUUUACCUGACAUUCACUAAUGAACAGAUAUUGAGGUGGCAAGCCCCGCCGGUCGCUACGACCCUGGUGGCAUUAACUAAACCUCUCAUUAAACUGAGUCCUUUAUGAUGUCUCCCUUCCUUGCCAUCUUAAUCGCUUUGGUAGUUUCUCUAACAACAGUUGUUUGAGCGAAAAGAAAUCAACAAUUUAUAGUUGGAAAACUGAAUGGAUUCACUGGACUGAACAAUGCAAAUGCUAACUGAAACCAUCUCUAAUUAAACUGAGUCCAUUAAUGAUGUCCUUUAUGAUGUCUCCCUUCCUUGCCAUCUUAAUCGCUUUGGUAGUUUCUCUAACAACAGUUGUUUGAGCGAAAAGAAAUCAACAAUUUAUAGUUGGAAAACUGAAUGGAUUCACUGGACUGAACAAUGCAAAUGCUGUUUGGCAUCAAAACUGAUCAAGAUAUGAAAUCAGGGGAGAAAUUGGAAGCAAUCUUUAUAUUCUUUGCAAUUGGAAAUUUACUGAAACGUAUUUUGAGAAUAAAUACUAUAAAUACUAUAACAACCAUAAUCGACUCAAUCUUUCAUGAAACAAGAAACUACUCUAUGUUAUAAUUAAUAGUUUGCAAAACAGAGAUAUUGUUCUCAAAACUAAGAAUGUCAAUGACUUUCAACAAAAGGUCAUGUCCCGUCAAUCAUAUGGUCUGUCAAUUAAAGUAACGUUUUUCGUGUUGUUUAAAUAUGUUGAUGAUUCGAUCAGGGCCAAGGUAAACCAAGUUGGUCCGAAGUACCUCAUGCCGAUAGAUAAAGUUGAUCUUCUAUCCUGCUGCUGUUGUUCCGGGCUAUUGUCCCGGUCUUGUCUGUACCAUUUCCUGAUCCAACCUGCCGCGACCACAACUCAGUGGCCGCCAUCUUGAAUUAUACUUUGCUCCCCACUGUGUCUUCAUGUGGUGCACAUCAUGGGGGUAUUUGCUUCACACAAACUUGGGCAUCGCAUGUCGAUAUGUUACAUAACUUAAUACUUGGCCUGGGCAGCAGGUGUCUGUAAAUAUUUGGGUAUCACGGACAAUACAAUCGAUCAUACAAUACAAAUGAUAAUACAAUACAAAUGGUUAAUAAAUAAUAAUACAAAUUACUAUCUAUGUUCGUAGGCUAAAUAACACUUAUAAUUGUUGACAAAUGUACCCACGAAAUGACGAAAAUAUUGCAGUAUUUAUAUAAACUCUGGAAUAUAACUAUUAUAUUACAAGAUUUUGUUUCACGAAUUGAAUCAUUUGAAUAUAAAUUCAUGAAAGGUUGCCUGAAAUAGCGUAUAAACCAUUUACAUGCUGAAUAGCAAAUGUGGUAUUCUGAAAGAUCUGGUAAUUCUUGUAUUGUCAGUGUUGAUAUUAGGAAAAACUACUGUGAAAAAAAUUCUGGACGUGCAACCUUUGUCAUUCACCAUGAUUAUCCAACAUUACAACAUAUAAGUAUACUGUUCCCUAGCUUAACUACAUGUAUGCUCAUAUAAAUUCUUUAUAAAUCCUUUGCGAGGUUCUUUGUCCCUUUGAGACCUACCGUAUUCCAAAUGUUUUCUUACCGACUUCAAUCAAACUUUACUUUGAAAGGAGUUGGUUUACUGACGUCAAAGGAAAUGGCCCUAAUUAACCUCCCACAAUGAUGUAUGAUAACAUUAAUAAUAUUCAAUAUAUUUUACAUGUUCAACAAUGCAAUUGAAAAUCGGAAUUACGGUAUCUGGUCAGAUUUUGUGCGGUUUCAAUACAACACUCGUAUUAACAUAAAAGAUAUAGUGGAAUUUAAAAUGCCGUUCUCCCCACAAAAUUAUAACUUUAUGAUACAUGCCAUACUUGAUAUGUUCGAUUUCCGACUUUUACCGUCAAAGUAACGAGCUAUUGUCUACAAAAGGCACUAAUUAAAACUUCACGAUUCUGCAGUGUUUUUGAGUGACAAUUCAGUAUAGGAUUCAUCCUUAAAAUUAGAAUCUUUUAAAAUGCACGGAGCCUUUUAAACUCACUUUGAGAUCUCAUGUUUAAAAACACGAAUGUGAAGGAUGUGAAUUACGUGAAGUCAGAUUUUAGCCAUUAUUCUCAUUUUUUUAUUUUUGAUGUUUAUAUAUAUAUAUAUAUAUAUAUAUAUAUAUAUAUAUAUAUAUAUAUAUAUAUAUAUAUAUAUAUAUAUAUAUAUAUAUAUAUACCGUUAAUGUAAAUGAGCGCGAACAAAAAGAAAACAUGUUAGAUAAACGACAACAUUGCCAUUGAGGCCUUGUUUUCGUUCAUUGAAAAUUGUACCGUGCAUAUUACACGCCAAGAAUUAAGUAAUUUUUCUUUGUAUUUUCAACAACGCUUUGUUCUAUCAACCGAACAGAUAUAAUUGUCUUACUAUAUUUAUAUAAAAUAUAAUACAAAUGUUUCAGUGACAGUUUGCAUAAAAUAUUGUAGCACAAUUUUCAUUAACUUGCAAUAGCGAUGAGGCAGGGGGAUUAUUAGAAUUUAUUUCGCUGAUUUAUAUAUAGCCUAUACUAUUUAUUAUACAUGCAUGGCGAAAGACGUGCCUGAGAAAGACGUGUCUGAAAUUUCUACAAGGUUCGCUGAAGUUCUGUGACGGCUGCCUUAAUUCCUUAAUCCAAAACCACUUCAGUAAUAUACGUAUUAUUACGUAUGUUAAUCACGUGGUUAAACGUUGGUUGAACACACUUGACCUUGAAAUAUAUUUAGGCUUUCUGGAAGUUCAGAUGGAGGUUAAUCGCUGUUCGUUGUCAUUCAGGAAUAUUCCAGAGGCAAAAUUAUUCUUGGAGAAAAAUGACCACAAUUUACUGAUAUCUAAUUUCAUAGACUUCAUACCAUGCAGGCAAUUUCCUUUUCUUAAAUCUAGACACAACCCCCUGCUAUGUAUAUAGCGUUUACCAUGCUGUUACGUUGCAUAGACGGCUUGUUAGAAAGUGGUCACGUAUUUAUGUAACGAAAAAUAUUUUUAAUAUAAACACCAGUAUUUUUGACGGACUUCUUUCUAAAUUAUGCUGAAGGUAUAACCAUGACACGUGCUUUUCCAAAGUACCACAAAUGAAGUAAACUCUUCUAAUAGAUUGUAAAGAAAGUCUUCGAAUAAUUAUUUUUGUCACAACAUAUUCUAAUCUCUCAUCUCCUCUGCCGGGGAACUAUACUCUAUAGCCUUCCUCACUCACCAGCUUCUCCAAUUUCAAUUUUUAUUUGCACUUUUGAGAGAUUCUUUUCACUUUUGAGAGAUUCUUUUCAGUCUAAAGAUAUUUGGAUACGAAACAUUACAUUUUCAUUAGAAAAGCAAUAAAACCAAAAUAGUACAUCUCUCCAAAGUGUAAAUAAACACUGAAUACCAUGCUGGAAAAAAAUGUCAUUUGGACAAAAUGUCAGUAAGAAUUAAUUUAUUUUAUUAUUCAAGCAAUAUUAAGUGGUUCUAGAAGUGAUUAAUUAAAGACUUCUCCGUUGUUCAAGACAAAUAAACAUUUGUCCGAGGGCUGUUCAAAUCAUCCCAUGACGUAUACGAAUUUACUCGAACUAGCUUCACUGUGACCUUGACUAUUCUUUCAUUUAUAAUUCACUAAUUUUAAUGGCCAAAUCAUUUAUUGUCUAAUACAAUAAAUAAAAAAAUACAAUUUGUAUUUACUCCACUAAAACAUUAAUAUUCCUUUUCAACAUUGAAAUUUAAGCUAUAAUAUAUGCGGUGGCAUUACAACCACACCAAAUUCUUUUUCUAUCCUGAUUGCAGUCCGAAAUUUCGAGAAGUUUCUCCGAAAUUUUCUCCGUACGUUCUAGUAUUAGAUUUCCGCAUUUUUACCACACCUAACCAAUUGUUUUACUUUGUUUACAGCGCCCAGCUCCUUAGAAGGAAACCUCGCAACAUCAGGAGUAUUUUCAGUCAGUGAACUUUACCGAUAUUCUCAAAGUAAGUUUGAAACCUCGAUAUAAUGUGAAAGGCAAACCUCGCUUAACAUUAGACUUGCAACAAGUCAGGGGGGGAAACGUUGGUAUUACAACUGGAGGGGUGUUAGUUUCUUUUCCAGACAAGAAGGGCGUGGCUCAAUUCCAUCCUUCAAUAUUCCUAAAAUGCCUGUCGACGGGGAUGGCUCAGUGGAAUAUCAUUCGUUGGCUACAAUCAUCCGGUUAUUUUCAACAUUUGCCCAACGAAAUUGGGUUGAUUUGCCCUAAAAUAUAAUAAAACUGGAGGGGUGCACCCCCUCCACCAGGAGCGUAUCUACCGUGUGGGAGCGACCUUAGAUUAAGCCGACCAGUAUCAUCCAUAUUUGAUUUCUCUAUUAGUGAAGGCUGUGUCCCAUCUUUGUGGAAGUGUGCCAAUGUUUUGCCUUUGGGUAAAACUCCACAACCGCGAUCUAUUGAAACUGACCUCAGGCCCAUUUCCUUAACAACCGUCCUUAGUAAAGUACUCGAAGGGUUUGUGUUCCAUUGGUUAGCUGACAUUAUUAUGCCUUACAUCGACCCCUACCAAUUCGGCAGCGUUAAGAAGACAUCUACGACUCAUGCCCUCGUUCACCUAGUUGGCUUAUCAUCAUCUACUUGGUCGAUUGUUCGCACUGGCGUGCCACAGGGAACUAAACUGGGUCCUUUAUUUUUCUUGGUCAUGGUCAACGACCUGUCCACCGAGCUCCCUAACUAUCAACAGACAUCCAUUGGAAGCCGUACAAUCAACUAAGCUAUUCGGCGUAAUACUAUCAUCAGACCUGAAGUGUGAUAAACACAUCGAAUAUAUCUGCUCCAAUGCCAGUAAGCGUCUAUAUGUCUUAAGAUCUCUAAAACGAGCCGGUGUCCCCCCAUGCGAUCUUCAGCUUGUAUUUUGUUACUUUGUUCGACCAUUACUUGAGUAUGCCUGCUCUGUCUGGCACUUCUCGUUGACAGCAAAACUAAGCGAUAAUAUCGAGGACAUACAACGUCGUGCGGUGAGAAUAAUCUACCCACACUUGACUGACAGAAGAGAGUCCCUAUGCAGGUCGUUUUACAAAAACACUCGCGUCAGAUGAUAAACUAAAGAACUUAAUCCCUGAACCUGUUGUUGAACAUUACCAUCUGAGGCGCCCUCGCAAACUUCCACUGUUCAAGUGUAGAACCAAACGUUUCAGUAACAGUUUUUUACCAACAUGUGUCAGAAAGUGGGACAAUUGUCCUUGAUCUGAUUCAUUUUAAAUAUUAUUAGGUAGCUAGUAUUUUAAUUAGAGUUUCAAUAUUUAACAAUACUUGUAACUUGAGUUUGUCAAUUUGUUAUUGCUAUAAAUUAAUAAACCAUUACCACACCCCUUCUGUAUUUUCGCCCCUGCUCCAAGUCUUCUUGCGUGGAGAAAAUCCACAUUAUCAUUGCUAAACCAGUAGGAUCUUCUCUGCAUAUAUUAUUGAUGAUAAGAUCUGGACAGGUUUUACCUCCUGAUAGAGAAGUGAAAUCUAUUGUCGAAACCACAAUACUUACAGUCACAUACUCAAAAAUCCAUCUUCUAAACUAAACUACAGCUUAAUAUACAUACUGAAUUGCUCUAUCAUUUCUGCAAAAUAAUUCUCCCGACAGAUCACGUAAAGACCAUCCUAGGUGGUCAUUUCAUCCGGUAUCAGUGUAAAACUAGAUUACUACUCUUUAACAGGCGACUGCAUGAGUGGAAAUUUUAAUCAGACAACUGCAUAUUGCAAAAUUUAAACCUGGCCUCUCAAAGUUGAAAGGCAUAUGUACUAACUACUGUGUCACAAACAUUCAUUUGGACUAACAUUAAUUUCUGACAAUAGCUUCCAUCGUAUCCGGCCAUUCAGGAGCGAAAUACUCAAGAGCAGACCUCGAAGGCGUAGGAUACUGUUCAUCUCGAAAUUAUGGACCAUCAGUUGUGGAAAACUCGCCAUAUUUAUUUGAUCAACUGACAAGAAAACGAAGUCGUACGAACAGUUCAUCGAUGGAUGACGACAUGGAGGAGGACGAAGAAGGUGGUUUCCACGGCAAUAAUAACCGUUCACCUGGAAGUCAAGGCUCUUCAGGAUGGGAAGUUGAUCAAGGUAAAAUACGAGGCAAGGAGUGGAAGCGUAAUAUUUCUAUUUCAACAUUCAAUAUUCCUACUCUUUCAAUAUUCCUAAAAUAUCAAAUCCAAAAAUUCAUUCCAAUUUUGUUUCAAAUAUUCAUAUUCCUAACCUAUAUAUUCAUAUUCCUACCUCAAAUAGUCAUAUUCCUGCCAUAAAUAUUCAACUGAUUCAAACUACUUUAAACCUAGUAUAAACCUAGAUACCGUAACGAACCAUAGUGACAAUUUACUAAUGCACCGAAUGAAAGUACUUCAUGAGACAGCGGUUAGUUCAAUAAGGCCGGAAUUCAAUUCGCGCUUAGUGAAAGUACGUCACCUUGGCUAUAGAGUCUCGUUUCGUGAUUGCGGCGCUUGGCUUCAACUAAUCUCGCAUACACGAAAACGAGGCUCUAUAGCCAAGGUGACGUAUUUUCCGGAAGUGUGUAUUACUUUAAUACGCAGUUUUCUGAUUAUAAUCUUGCCUCAGUUCCAUAAAACAACGUGCUUCUAGUUUCAAUCUGCCAAACACCGCCAGUUUUGUCCUGGUAAUCUGGUUUCUUCUUGUAAUAUUCAUGCACACAAUUUAAACCAAAACUUAGCACAACUAUAUUUCUUAUAUUUCUCUUGACAGCAAGUCCUUCUCAUUAUUCACAAACACCUCUGUUGAAACCGAAGACGGAGCCGCCAUUCGGACUGGGAUGUAGUUACGUCACUACAGGUGUGACUGGACCUCAGAAAAUGGACACAGCAGCUAUGAUCAGAGUUGCUCAAAAUGGACAUCCGUGGCCUCCCUUAUACGGGCAUCAUACUCACAAUGCCUUAGCCAGAUCUGCACCAGCUGUUUUGCAGAAAGGACCUGCAUUUCCCCACAAUGCAAUGCUGGCUGAAAUGUCUCAUUUACAAUUCCGUGUUCCGACAGGUAAAUAUAGUACACUAUAUUAAUACACUGCCGGCUAUAUAGUGACUAUUGUCAAAGUUUUAAAUUUAAACGACCGAUCCGAACCCCUAACCUUAACCUUUUGAGGGUUAGAAAAGGCGGGGAAAAAGUUUAAAAAAUUUUAAGAAAAAUAAUGCUAUAAAGUCAGACAAAACACAACCCGACCCAGACUGCGUUUCACUUUCCGCACGCAGCGCCUUUACCGUAUGCGCUAACGGCAAGCUCAGUAAAAGCUAGCGCGAACAAAAGUUUUUAUAUUUAACUAUCUCACUAUAUAUAUAGCCGGCAGUUUAUAUAGCCGGCUGUAUUAGUCGCUUUGUAUUAAAUUCAUAUUUAAUACAAGCCACAAGGUCAAGGAGAUGUGUCGAUUUUAUUACUUUAUGGAACGGUUUUUAUUUCACAACGAGUAAAUAAUAAAAAUUGAACAAACGAACCAAUCGUGAAAGAAAUAUUUGACACUGUCGCUGACAACACACAAGGUCCACAAGUUGACAAGUGAAAUAUACGAAAAAAAUAGAUUUCUUACCGCUUAUUUCUUCAUUUUUUGCUGGAAUUCGAAUCGAAGAUAUUUAUCUGAAGUAAUUUCAGCCUUGAUUGUUUUUCUGAUGAUAAUAUAGUCGCUUUAUUAGCGGAAAAUGCAAUAAAAACUCUCACUUCUGACAGCGACUUCGCUAAAACCGGGCGCAAUGUUUACACAUAAUAUGAGCGGGAAAACACCACCAAUCAAACGCUGAGACAAUAUUAAAAUUCACCAUGUGAGAAAUUAAAAUGCAACAUGCUCUGGGUACGAGCUCGAGAUUGAUCAAAAUGCUGAGAGUCUUGAGACGAUAAAUUUCACAUGUGAAAAAUAUCGUCCGCCAUGAAGAUACGAUUUUUAUUUCACUCAUCUACUGCACAGAAAUAUACUUAUAUAAUAGGAAACAUUACCCAAUCCCUGACCGACGCCCAUUCUAUUUUACCAUAAAUAAUAACUACAAUUGUUUAAAAUGGUAAAAUAUUUCUUAAGCACAAACACUUGGUAGAAGUUGCUCAGUACCAGAUUCAUCAAAGAAUGGUUCAACUGCAUUUCUAGAGAAGCUAACUGGAGUGAAACAAGAUUGUUUAUCUCCUCUGGUAGUGAGUAGAUCAUCUCCUGGUACAGCAAAUGGUAAUGUUUCUACACAUCGUCCAACACCAAGUGAUCUCCUCUGUAAUAAUACUGGAAAUAACUUCAAUGAAAGAACACAGGUAUGCUGAGUAAGACGUAGUUUGCGGAUGAAUUAACAUUUUUUCAUGAUUUGGUGUGAUCAAGCCGAGAAAAAUUCUUAUAAAUUGUUAUGUAAAAUGCAAUUUUAAUUUUCUUCCUGAUGAAAUGUCAAAUUCCCCUAACGCAAGCAAAAUACUAAAACGUUUCUGAUUGGUCGCUGGAAAAUCGGCUGAUCGGAGCUUGCUUGACACGGCAUUACGGCAAUGAAAUACGUGGAUCUGCUCUUGAAAAUCUCAAAAUAAUCAAAAUUUUAUUGGCAUUUUGAUAAUUUAAGGCUUCAUUGGUAAAAAAAGGAGCACACAGUUAAGGGUAUUUAAUAUUUUGAAUAUAUAAGCCGUGCGCACGCAUUUCAGCCAAUCUAAAACGCUCUUAUAUGACAUUUAUUAUAAUAUAUAUGAAAUGUUAUCCUUUUGGUUUUUGUUGCCCCCCCCUGACAAAAACUCCUGGCUACGCCUCUGUUCUAGCCUCCUCCGCAGGCAAGCCUGUGGCUUCGGAAACGGCAAACUCAGUAAAAAUGUCGGAAAUUCAAUGUUUUGGUUGGGUACGAGUGGACGGCAACGGACUAGGGGGGUCUUUUCGCAUGAAACGCAGCCAAAAGUGAAUUUCCAACGUUUUUAGUGUAAAUUUGUCGGUUCAGAAGCGUAGGGUUCUUGCCGAGAAGGCUAGGAAUUUUCAACAAAUGAUCAUUUAUCAAAUACUAACUGGUUUAUCUGUGUGUUGAAUAUUUACAAUGGUGAUUAGGUUCGUUUUCUUUGGUUUUGAGACAGCACUCUAUUGUCAGUGAUAAAGCUAGUGUAACUUAGUCUCCUCAAAAUAAAUGUUCCAUUCAAUUUAGGCACAGGACACCCAGUGCGCGCAGUAUAUCAAUGUAACGUCAGCGAACAGUUUAUCCAGCGGCGGUGUCAAUCCAGCGGUAAUAAACUCGUUGAGUGAUAACAAUGACGUUCUUUCAUCUCAGUGCACUAACCUCAGAGCUGCGCAACUCCAACAACAGUGGUCCCAAGGUAUCCACACCGUUCCUGUCAGUACCAUGGCUGUGUCGUCAGAUACCGCGGGGGCUGAGUACCAGUACUUCGUCAACCAAGCAGGUAAGACUGCUCAUUACAUUAGUUGAUAUUUUUUACACAUGACCGUAGAAUUCCCGAAGUAGCUACCGGACCUGGGAACAAUGUUAAAUGUCCUCGGAUUCCGAAUUAUCCGUUUUCAAAUGCUCGUCAAAAGUGCGAAAAAAACAAUUCACUGUCUCUCAGAUGUGCAUAACAAUAAAGUAAACCUAACAAUAUUCGUCUUACAUAUUGUUUGCACGUUUGAUCCUUAUGAUCAAAAUUGCGAUAAAGUAUGCGUGAGAAACGUUGCUGAGGCAAAUGCCUCUAGAGAGGAUUCCGAGACUCAUUUUUCCUACGUUUGAUGCUGGAAAUGAGAUACACGGUAACGUUUUCCUUUCGCUUAUAUAUUGUAUUUUUUUCUUUUCAGAAAGGUUGUUUGGUAUAAUUCCAAAUGAUGCUGUAGAUGUUGCCGUUGACUCAACCAGAACGGCGACGUAGUUGUUCGACAUAAACUGGAUAGUUUCCGUUGUAUCGCUGACACAAAUGUAUUGUGGGUAGCCAUAUUCAGGAAAGGGAUCAACAUCCGGUUUUUACUACGAGAUGAACGUCAUAAAUGCAUUCUUUUGGAGAUCUCUAGAAAAGUAGAAUACGUGAAUUACGUGUUAUUUUAUGUUGUACAGUUCAUGAGUAGGCCAAGUCAAGAUAGCUUCAAACGAGGUUUUUGGCUGCAGAUAAUACAGUAGUGUAAUAAAACAGCAUAAAUUCCUAGGAUUCAGCUCAAAAGAAUUUAAUUUUUAAGAGGGGUACAGAGAGAUCGUAAAAGGUUGUAAGAUACAAGAGUGAACAUGUACUUCAUGUAUGGUCAUAUUUCCGGCAGACAUAUUGCAAUGCGUCUUCGAAAGAGGCGUCAGGAAUUUAUGUCUUCAUUCGACUCCACUACUGUGAAGCUCUGCAAGUGCCAAUUAAGCAAUGUUAGCUUUAUAAUAACAUACAAACACUCACAGAAUACUUGCAAUUUGAGUACCAUGAUCAGAGCUAUAAAAGCCUAGAACUUGAAAGAAGCGUUUUUGAAGCCUUAGAACUUACCGAUUAUUCUCUUUUACCCAAUAGCCGAAUUCAUAUUAGAGACGGGAAACUCGUCUCAGACGGGAAACUCAUCUAAUAUGAAUCCAGGGGCAAGACGAGUUUCCCGUCCGAACUUUCCCGUCCGAACUUUCCCGUCUAACUUACCCGUCCAGAAAGACGGGAAUCCCAUCUAGACGGGAAACUCGUCUUAAAUUCGAAUUAUCCGUCUCUAAAUUCAUAUUCAGACGGGUUUUCACAGACGAGUUUCCCGUCUAAGACGAGUUUCCCGUCCCUAAAAUGAAUUCGGCUAAUGGCCAUUCGUGGACAUUUACCCAUCGUUUCCAUGUUAACUUAUUUUAGCAUGUUAGGGGCAGAUAAAGAUUAUAUUCCCAUAUUUUCCUGGACGAAUUUGUUUCUUGCUGUUCUUAGGCUCAAUAACAAAGUAAUUUUCAACCCUACUAAACACAAAACAUGAGUAAGUUUUGACAUGAAAACAAGGCCAUUGUGUAAAAGAGAAUAAUCGGUAAGGUCUAUAAUUGAAAGAAUUCGCAUUGGAGCCCCCGUACAUGUGAAUAUAAAAAGUUUGCAAACAUGCACGAGUCACUUUAAAGAUUACAUGAAGAGUCACGUUUAUUCUUGUUAUUUUCAUCAUUUUAGAGUGUAUUUAACUACAAUGUAAAUUUCGACUAACGUGUUCAGAGCCAAAGAUAUGAACUUAAGAUAGCUUUAAAGUAUUAUGAAGUAUUUAGUAAAUAUUGAUAAAGUCCCAUUCAUUCUAUUUUAAACCUGCCAAGCAGGAAAUAUAACGUACAAAUAUGCUGUUUAGUAGUGGUACUUACAAAGUAUAAAUUGUGAUUUAGUAGGCAGUAGCUUAUGGAUUCAUGGUAGUGUUGCAAAAUCACUUGAUGCAUUUCUUCAACUUCAUUUGCAUAAUGAUAAUUUAUAGGGGUUGCGUGUCCACAACUAUUUUAUAACAGAUCAAUGACAACACACGACAUAGUUAUAGCACAAGCACCCACAGAAAAAUUUCGUUCAAGUGAUUUAUAUACUGUCUGCCAAUUGAUUCCAACAGAUACCUAAUGCUAUAAAAAUUAUUGUAUUCUACAUUAUUUUCUUUCUGUUAUGACUUUGUGAGAUAAAGAUUAAUAUAAUAUUUAGUUUCUAUUUACAUCAACAGUAACUGAUAUUUUAUGUAAAUUCUAAAUGAACUAACAAAAGUACUUGGUGUCAGCACCUGUACAUGAGGUUGUAGGCAAACUGAAUAGCGUUGUGGAAUGGCUGUCGAGCGGCACAACAACGCUGAAACGUUACAAAGACGUUUCACUUAAAUAUUAUUCAGUAAUUUACAGUCACUGUAGUCUAAGCCCCAAGUUUGUUCUUUAUGAAUAAAGUAAAUAUUGAGA